AUGCCUCUUAGGUCUCCCGAGCGCAAACAGCGGCAGACUGCACCUCUUCGCCGGCGACUCCAGGCUGCGGUCUACUAUGACCCAUAUCUUUCGUCUUCUUCGGCCACAGAGCAUGCGGGCGGCGGCACAUUACCCGAUCCACGCGAACGACCUCGCUCAGCGCGGCUCCCUCAUGACCAAGACGAUGUUGCACUUGAAACUGCGCGUGAACGAAGCUCUUUGUCAUUAACAUCAUCAUCUGUACCACCUAAACCACUCUUGGGACCUGAAGUGGGGCCUUCGCCUGCGUUCAGACGCACUAGGCGUAAGCAUCAACAACAUCAACAGCAGCAACCUCUAAACCAUCAAAAGGAAACUGAAAAUCACAUUCAAAAUGACCAAUAUCCUCAUCAUGAACAUAUGAAAACCUAUCCAAGCAUUACUUUAAAUGAAAAAGAUUUUGAAAUUUUGGAAAUCAUUGCGGCCAUGGCUGAUGAAGCGACAGCCAACAUGGCUCCACCGCCUUCUGAAUCUCUCAGUUUUUCUCAUCUUUAUGGAGCCUUUGAAGCUUUCAUGAUUGCAAAUAGAUUGACACCUCAAACAUAUCCUACCUACCAUACCAUCUUUAUGGCUCUGCUUCAUCUAUCAUCCCUUCUUACAGAUCCCGCUGGUUCAAAGCUUCUUACUUGGCGUGAAUGUGUAUCUCUGCUAGUUCGCGCACAAAGUGACAAGGAACUGUUUCGAGCCAAAAUGCAAAGUCUACGCGACAAACUUACAGCAUUUGAAGAUGAUAUGCGUGAACGAUUUUUAUCACUGUGGUAUUUUUCCUGCUGUACUCUUACACAUCGUCGUGCACAUCUCACAUCUAUGGCCGACGCGCGUCGCGAAAAAUCACUACCACAAAGUGUACUUCAUCGUUGGAUUGUGAAACAUCACACGCUUGCACAAAACAUGCAAAGAGCUGAAGCAGGAGGCACGUUUCUUGCACGCACCCAAGCUAUGGAGCGCUGGCGCACCCAACUUGGACGUAUUGAAAAAAAUGAAAAUUUUGUUAAUGGAUUAAUUUGCAAGAAAUAUUUUCGGAUAUGGGUAGAAAAGACAGCCAUAACAAUGAACCAAUCGCUUGAGGCCGAUGACCUUUACGAAAACACUCUUGUUUUUAAAUCGUUUAAUGACUGGCGUCAAAAAACAGCGGAGACUAUGGCAACUACAUCUUAUAAUCAAAAAAUUGCGACUGAAGUGUUGGAUUUUUGGAAAACUAGAACAGCUAAUGUGAUUCAAAAGGAAGAAAGUGUGAUGCGAAGAAAUAAUACCGAGCUUGCACAUGCGGCUUUAGGCGGGCUAAUUGCAGAGCUACAACUUAUCCAAACAUAUCCAGAACAAGCUGAUGACUUUUACACAAAUACUCUUGCACGAAGAUAUUUAAAAACGUGGAUGCGCGCUUUGAUUUUUAAGCGCAAAUUGUACGAUCUAAAAAACUCUCAAGAAAUACGAACAAAAAGGGCCAUUCUGCGAAAUUGGAACCGUCUUGCACUUGAAUCUUGUGAAGCACGUAACUUCAGUAUCAGUAUGCCAUGUCGGCGCAUGCUCAAGACAUGGCGCCUUAAGCUUGCUCUUGUCAAGGUGGUGCGUGCCAAAAAUGUUGUGCUUGCUAAAAGUGCAUUGAAAACUUGGAGACUUCGAGCUAAAGAAUCCAGUCUUGUUUGCAAAAACGAUAUUAGGGUUGUAUCACUUUUAUUUUCUGAGUGGCGCAAAUAUACAAGUUAUCGACCAAAAGUUUUGGAUGACUGUGAAGCACAGUUUGAGAGUACACAUCAAUUAGCUCUCACUAAAUCACUUUUUGGUGAAUGGCGUGCAAGGGCAAGAAAAAUUCCAAAUGAAGAAACAGUUGCUAUAGAUUUCCAUGAUACCCGUAUUGCCUUGCAUGCGUUUGAAGGAUUUUUUGCAAGAUAUGAUGAAAUUAAGAAUAAGGAAGAACUAGCAGUAGCAAUUGAUAUCCAAGCACUUAAAAACCAAUCUAUGGAACAGUGGAAACUAGCUUUUGUAUUAUCGCGUCGCCGCUAUCGCGAAAAGCAGCUUAAGGAGAUUUUGCGUACUCGUGAAGAUCGAUUCAAACGUUUAUAUUUAGCACGUUGGCUUAAUCGAAUAGAGAAUUUCAACAAAAAGAAAAUGAUGGCAGAUGAAAUAUUAGACAUUAAAACUGAGAUGUUGUCGAAAGAGUUAUUUGUUCAAUGGCUGGGCUGGAACCGCCGUAACUCAAUUAAUCUGGGUGUUGCAGAAAAAAUUGAUGAAGAAUCAGCACUUUAUUCUAGCUUCACAAAGUAUCGAUCUCGAUAUAUUCGCAGUAAAGAUCUUGUCAUUAAAGGUGAUGAGUUUCAACAGGAUUCUACAGCACUGAGUUUGAAUCAAAUUUUCAAAGUUUGGAAUAUUCGUGUUACCAAGAUUGGAUUCAAAAAGCGUUCUGCUAGUGAUUUUCUUGAGCGGAGUCAGGAAAUGCAUACGAAAGCCAUAUGGAAACAUUGGAAACAGAUUACUCAGGAGAUUUAUUUUCAAAAACUUCAUAAUAAUGAAAAUUUUGACAAUGCAGAAAAUGUUGUUCAAUAUCUUGGCUCACUUAAACUCAGCUCUGAUGAGACUAAUUCUUCUUCUUUAAAGCAAUUGCCAUCUUUCCCCCCCUCUGGACGUCUCCGGCGCCAAUCAAUUACUAUUUCUGGCUCUAAUAACAAUUUAUUUGCAAAUAUGCCUGUAUUGCGUCCUGAAGCUACUUCUACUAUUUCUUCUGUUACAGCCUAUGAUUCCUCUCCUACAGGAAGAGGUGGUGGUGGAGAUAUGACAUCGCCCACGUUACGGGUUGCUGCUUCUGCUCGCAAUCGAAGCAGUACCAAGGUAAAUAUUAGUGGUACAGAUCAGGUUACGACACCCCCAGGGGCCGUGGGCACAGGUAUAAGUACUACAUACGCACUAGAAACACCCACAAGGUCGUCACGAAUUCGACGACCAGUGCCAAUGACAUCAAUUUCACGGUGGAAAUUGUCGAUGAAGAGACUAGGAGACACGGGGACUCCACAGGCUAGUCCAGUUCAUGCUGCUAGCGUAAGUCGACUAACUAGGCCAUUUACUCAAGUCACUUCAGGCGCAAACGCAAAUGAUGAACUUUUAUCGUGA